GCCCCGGACUCUGCCCCGCGAGCGUGUCCCCUGACCGCUAUGGCUCCGCUCCGCUUCUCGGCCAACGUGUCGUGGCUGUUCCCCGAGCUCCCCGGCCUCCCCGCGCGGCUCCGGGCGGCGGGCAGCUCGGGCUUCGAGGCCGCCGAGGUCGCCUGGCCGUACUCGGAGUCGCCCGAGGCGCUGGCGCGCGCGGCGCGGGAAGCGGGCCUGCGGCUGGUGCUGAUCAACACGCCCCCCGGGGACCGAGAGAAAGGGGAGAUGGGGCUGGGGGCCGUUCCCGGGAGGCAAGCGGCCUUCCGAGAGGGGCUGGAGCAGGCGGUGCUGUACGCCAAGGCUCUGGGCUGUCCCAGGAUUCACCUGAUGGCUGGCCGAGUACCCCAGGGUGCUGACCGAGCAGCAGUCAGGAGUGAAAUGGAGACAGUUUUUCUGGAGAACCUGAGGCACGCGGCUGGGGUUUUGGCUCAGGAGAGCCUCGUGGGACUGCUGGAGCCCAUCAAUACCCGCAGCACUGACCCUCAGUACUUCCUGGACACGCCCCAGCAGGCGGCAGCCAUCUUACAGAAGGUCGGAAGACCCAACCUCCAGUUACAGAUGGACAUAUUCCACUGGCAGAUCAUGGAUGGCAACCUGACAGGAAACAUCCGGGAGUUCCUACCCCUUGUUGGGCACGUGCAGGUGGCACAGGUCCCGGGCCGGGGGGAACCUGACAGCCCUGGAGAGCUGAACUUCCCCUAUCUAUUCCAACUGCUGGAGGAUGAAGGCUACAAGGGCUUUGUGGGCUGCGAGUACCAGCCUCAAGGAGACACAGCAGAGGGCCUGAACUGGCUUCGUUCCUACUGGGGUAGGCGGGGCCGCCCACAGGCUGGCCAGUGAGGUCCUGCCCGGCACCCACCUGCCUCUGGGACAGUGCACCAAGCAUCCCAAAUCUCCUGAAUUAAAAGACCACCUGCUGAA